AUGGAUGAACCCAACGAUAGCAAAAUGCAUCUUGCAUCAUCAACCACUGGUGAAGGCCACCCUGGAAGUGUGGCACAGAACGGCCUUGCAGAUGGGCCUCUCAUCCUUCCCUUCCCCCUCUACCCAAUCACGGACAAUCCUGAAUUAACUCCACAGGCAUUCACGUGCCUGACACCACUGACACACAUCCAAGUUAGACACAUGAUGAAGAGCGGUAAAAUCAAACCCUUCAGUGACUCCCUGGACGGCCCACACCUUAUCUUCCUACACGGACUGAAAUACAAACAAAUCCAACAGUUCCUGAACAGUAUUCCACAGAAACCCAACCUCAUUGACCUAAUUUGA